AUGGAGCGAUUCGCGACGUUUCACGCGUCGCACUUUGCGGAUCCCGCAAAGCGCGCGUGGUGUGCGUCGCACCUCGCGCCUGCAGCGCCUGCACACGGUGCGACGCGCGAAGAGAAAGAAGAUGCCUGGACGGCGCUCCUGCCUGGGGAGACCGAGGCAGCGUGGCAGGCGCGGCACGGCCUCAAGCACCUCACCCCCGGUGCCGCGCGCAUGUUUGACCAGAGCCGGCGCUUCCGCGAACAACGCGCGCACGACGACGAGGCGCAGGCGCCUCACGAGCCUUCCGAUCUUGAUACCCUGCGCACCCGCGCGCUCGCGGCGAUGCACAAAAAAGCCUAG